CUUCAAAUAGGAAAGCCAUGUGGCUCUGCAGGAGAGAUUGCAAAUGGACAGUUCAUGUACUCAGGAGUCGAGUUUGGAGACACUGCUAAAGCAGUGUGUGACGAGGGGCAUCAUCUUGUGGGACGGGCAACCAGAACCUGCACGAGUCGAGGCUGGGAUGGACGUGUUCCUGUCUGUGAAGCUGUGGAGUGUGGAGAGCCUCCCGAAGUGCCAAAUGCAAAGAUAGAAGGCCGUCAAGAGCCACCUUACACAUACAGGAGUGCCAUUCGCUAUCGUUGCAGUGUGGGAGUCCUUAAUGGACCAAGGGAGAUUUGGUGUACCGAGGAUGGGACAUGGAGCAAUUCUCCUCCUAAAUGCGAAGAAAUAACAUGUCCAUCUCCAAAAGUGCCUGGCGCUAUCUGGGCAGGAGCUCCAAAAGAGCUGUAUCAAUUCAGGGACACCCUUUCAAUCGAGUGUUACCGGGGUUACACAAGCACUGGCCCGAGCGACAUCACCUGUGGUUAUGAUGGCCAAUGGUAUCCUGGCCUCCCCAGAUGUACACGCACAUCACCUCGUGCCCACUGGAGGGGCUAAUGCACUAACUGAAGUAUGACACUACAAUAUUCAAGCAAACCUGUAAUCACCAGCAGUCAGUGGAGGAUGGAAAUAAUGGUCUCAAGCAAAGCUACACAAUGUCUUCCUUCUAAAA